AUGGCAGACUGCCCGGCGGACGCCCAUUGGUUCUGCCGGUCGUGCACCAAGGACUGGAAGCGCGUGCCUGGGGCGCCGGGCGUCGCUUACGCCACGCCGCCGGAUACCAGCAAAUGGACCAACCAGCGGUUCCUGGAUGGCGACCCGAUGUACCGCCUGCUGAAGACAGACCCGCGGUACUUUGAUGCCUUUUUCUGGUCCAGCCACACUUUCAGCCACCCGAUGCUCGACAACGCCACCUUUGACUUUACCAAGGCCCAGAUGGACAUGAACGCGCGCAUGGCUGGACCGGACUUCUUGGGCUUGACCUCCAAGGCCACAUUCAGCCGGUCGUCCAUGGUGACGCCCUCCAUCAGCGGCCUCUUCAACGCCGACAGCCUCGCCGCGCUGGCUGCGUCGGGCGUGACGGCGGUCGCGGGCGACAACACGUGGCCGGUGCUGACCAACAGGGCGAACCCGCACCAUGUGCUGUAUACGACGCAGGAGACCAACGGCUACCCUUACGCUCCUGGGGCUUUCGCGCUCGCCAUCACGCCAAGAUGGGCCACGGCGAUGGCUUACAGUGCCUCGUCUGCGCAAGAGGCGCUCGACUUAUAUAACAGCGAGGUCGCCGCCCCCGACAAAGAGAUCAGCCUUCAGAACCUCCUGUGGAAGGAAGCUGAGCGGGUGCUCACCGACGGACUGCUGUCGCUGCGCCACGACGGCCACAUGUUCCACCAGGCCAACAUGCGCGUCGCCGGCAGCGGCGGCGCCGGCAGCCUGCUGAUGAUGUGGACUGAGACCGUCCUCGCCCGCCUGCUGGCGGUUGUUGACUGGCCGGUGACGUCACUCAAGCUCGACGACCUGGCGGCCGCCUUCAUGCGCCGCGAGGCGCGGGACAACUGCCGGCUGUCGCACCGCCUCGGCAUCAGCCGGGCAUCUGGUACUGUGCAGUACAUCGCAGUGACCAGCGGCGCCGCGGCCGCCGCGAUCGAGUGCGGCGCGCCGCUGAUCACGCCGCGCGGCGUGGGCGUCGACGGCAACGGGACUUCGCUGCUUGCGGCUGUCGGUACGGCCGCGGGCUACAACUCUUCGGUGGUGCGGCUGCCCGCGGGCGGCUCUGCGCUGCUGAGGGUCUCCGGCGCCCUACCCUGGGCUCUGCCGCCGCGCGUGUGA